AUGGACGAGAGCAGCUAUCGCGACCAUCUGAAGAGAGGAGUCUGGAUGUGCCUGGUGACAGGGAGCAAGUGCUCCUCGUGCAAGGAGGGGAAGAGGGUGCUGAUUGAGGUUGCGAUGGUGUUUGAGGGGAGGGUGAGGUUCUGCCUGCUGAAAGAUGGUUGGAAGUACACCGGCAAGCGCAAAGGCUCGCUAGUCUUGUUGCCCGAUCAGGGAGAGAGUAGAAUCGUUGACUACAAUGACGAGCUAUCGGCAACAGCGCUCAGCCAUUUCCUCUGGUACUUCCUGGCUGAGAAGGUUUCUCUAGCGGGGGACCAAGAUGGGGCACUUGUGUACCUUGAGCAAGCAGCUGCCUCGAAGCCGAACGCGGCAGAUGUUCACUUCAAGAUCGGGUACAUCUAUCACACCCACAGGCAAGAUCUGGUCAAGGCCGUGCAGCACUACGAGAAGGCCAUGGGCGGAGGGAGCACAGAGAAUGCAUGGAACUUGAAGUACAUGGCAGGCAAUGCCUACCUGACGCUCGGGUACCUUGAGAAGGCUCGUCGCAUGUACGAGGAUGCGAUCAAGAUCAACCCUUCCUCCUUGUCUCCCUACAAGGAGGCGUCGAUAGCUGCCAGGCUGGCCGGCAACCACUCGCUGUCCUCCUCCUACCUCCGAAAGUGCCUUGAGCUCCAGCCUAAGGAUGCAGACGCGCUGGCGAAGAUGGCGGAGAUCCUGGUGGGAGAAGCGACGGAGAUGGCGCAGGAAGAGGCGAGGCUGCAGGGCAGCGACCGUCUGCCAGUGUGGAUGCGGCAGGAGAAGCAGGAGAACUCCAGCACGAUGGAGAAACUGAGAGAGGCAGAGGCCCUGCUGCUCAAGUCUGUCUCCUACAACCCGACCUCGUCUGAAAGCCGAUUCCUGCUGGGGACUGUGCUGAAGAUGCUGGGAAGGAAGGAAGAAGCGCAGCAGCACUUCCGCCAGUCCGUGUCCCUCCGCGAUCAAGGCCAGUCCAAGGGGGACUCGCCGGCUCGGGGGAAGAAGAAGAGGAGGAAGAUGAAGGUCUUUGUCUACGACAUCCACCCGCAGUGGAACUCAGCGAUGUUGAGCUUGAACAUGCAGCAAUGUCGCAACAGCAUCUACGCGGCCGAGGUCUACAUCCAUGAGCAGCUCCUCCUCAGCGACUCCCUCACGCUCGAUCCGGGCGCGGCAGACCUCUUCUUCAUCCCCCUCUACGCCGCUUGCUUCCUCUCCUCUCACUUCGUCCGCCCGGGCCCCGGCUGGCCUGACAACGACGUUGACAUCGGCAAGACAUACCAGGCCGUGCAGCUUGUUCUAGAGCAUGUCCGGCAGACCUACCCCUUCUUCGACCGCUCUGCUGGUGCUGACCACGUGCUGGUGCUCAGCUCGGACUGGGGGUCGUGCCAGGGUCCCUUCCUGGAGCUGCACAACUCCAUCCUCCUUGUCACCUCCGGCGACCGCACGCUCGUCAGGCCGGCAUGGUACGCGGCGAGAGCGGCAGACCACAUGGGGAGCAGCGAGGAGUUUGCGGUCCGUUCGAGGCUCCCCUGCUUCCAGCUGUUCAAGGACGUUGUUAUCCCUCCUCUCGUCCCCCAUCCUGCCCUGACCGCUAGCUACAUGGGGGAAAGGACAAGGGGGAGGGACAUCCUGGUCUACUUCCGGGGGACGGCGGCAGGGUCUGUCAAGGCGCUGCUCUACAACAAGGACUACUCGCUCGGGAUCCGUCAGCUCCUCCUCCGGAGGUACAGCAGGGUGAGGGGAUGGGUGGUGAGCGACAGGAUCAACAGCUCCUCCUACCAUGACGAGCUGCUCCGCUCCGUCUUCUGCCUGGCCCCCGCUGGCUGGGAGCUGUGGAGCGUGCGCUUCUUCGAGGCCAUCCUCCUGGGGUGUAUUCCCGUGCUGCUGACGGACGACGUCCAGCUGCCGUUCCAGCAGCGCCUCGACUACUCCAGGUUCACGGUGAAGGUAGAGCAGAGGAGGAUCCUGGAGCUCGAGAGUAUCCUGUCCUCCAUCAACGAGACGGUGAUCCGGAGGAAGCAGGAGGGGCUCAAAGAGGUCUGGAAGCGGAUGACCUACCAGCGGCCCCCGGAGGACGGCGACGCGUUCACAGGCAUUAUGGACGAGCUCGCGCGCAGGGUGGAGACGCUCGGCAAGACUCCAGCUGGAGGGUGGACGUGA